GAGUGGAAGGACCCCCGCGUCCCGGUAAGCAAAAUGCUGGAUUUUUAUAGCCCUUUGGGAGCCCUGCUGUACCCCGGGCCCCUGCCGUGUCCAGGAGCGGGGGGAGGAAGGAUAGAGUUCCCGGCGCGCCGCGCGGUGCCUCUGGCCACGUCCGGUGCGACUCGGUGCCGGCUGCUCGGGCUCCGCCGCUAAUGUCCGCUCCCCUUCAGUCGCGCUACGCUGGCGCUUCUGUGCCCAUUGCCGCGGCGGCUUCCAGGUCCCGACUGUGGGCGCCGCCACCCAGCGAGGGCCGAGCGCAGCGCCCGGCAGAACCUUGUCACGCCUUUUGGUCACUGUCCAGCCUGAUAACCGUGUCCUGGGACGGGGGGAGAGGGAGAAGGCCUCGCGUCGGCCCAGGGCCUGGUGCAGUGGCCAGGACCGAGGUUUCCCGCUCGCCAGCGCCGCGUGCACCUGAAGUCACGGCCCGUCGCCGGCAGCAGCUUGCUCGGAGGCCCCCGGAGUCCGGCCUCGCCCUCGGCGGAGCAUCGCAGGUGCCGGGACCCUGCAGCCGGAAGCACCGCUUUCGGAGCAGCCUGGGUUUUCUUGAGAUUUCCUGCCUCUUUCCGUGCUGACUUCCUGGCUACCACACACUGCCCGGUGGAGGGGGCAGCUCGGUCGGUGGUGGCCAGAUUGGCGGCCUUCGACGGCGGAGCGAAGCAGCCCCAGAGCGAGCGGGAAAGGAGGGUCGGGUGAGCAGGCAGGCCCGGUGACCCACCAGGCAGGGGGGCAGCCGCGUGGCUCCCGGUGGCCUCCCAGCGCCGACUUCUGACCCCGGCAAGCUCGUCUUCACAAUGACUUCUCUUGACUGACGCUUCCCAGGUAAGUGCUUCUGCCAGGGAACGCGGGAGGAGGCGGCGGCGGCGCCCCCAGCGCCGCACGAAGCACUGGGGAGCGUGGCUGUGUCCUGCUGCCUCUGCCGCUGUGCCCCUCCCUUCCGGCUCUGCGCACCGAACCCCGGUCCGUGGUGUUACCUCUUCAAACACAGCUGCACUUGGACUGUGGUGAUGCUUACGGCUUCCAGCCACGUCUCAACCCCCUGGGAGAGAAACCAGAGUCUGGUGCGCCCAGGGCCGGGGUCAGCAAGCUUCCUGUAAAGGCCCCAGGAAAUCGUUCAGACUUCGCAGGGGACGGAGGCCCUGGCACACGCGUCUGCACCACCUGCUUGUCUUUGUCGUUUCUGCUUUCUAAAGAUGUUUUACCAAUGUGAAAAGCAUUCUGAGUGUACGUUCUGCCCAGUAAAAGCAGGUGUGACAGCCUACCGUAGCGGCCUCUGAUGGAGACCGGGGUUGGCGGAUGCUCAGUCACGUGGGUCCUGUCUCCCUCGUGACAGGACCCUGUGGAGACUGAGAGAAGGCGGUCCUUGUCAUCCCAGUGUAGAGAACUUGGCCGCGUCGUGGCUGUGCCCCAACGCUUAGGAGGGGCCGCGUUUUAAAGGUGAUGAGUUACUUCGCUUCACGAGGGAGAUUUCAAAACAACUCGCCCGGGCUGUGGUGUGGAUCCUAUUAGCUGCUUGUAGGCAGACUUAACAGUGACACCGGAGACCGAGUAGCAAAAUACACAGCCUGGCCAGACAAGGAGCAAUGGGCAUGUUCAGGGGAACAAGAGGAGAGCGGAGCCCACGGACAGGGGGCGGUGGAGCCGCCGGCGCCCGUUUGCCAGUCAUUAGCACAAGCUGAAAAUGGCCUCCAGGACGCCCCUCCCACCACAGGGCCACCGGGGAUGCUGCCACUGCUCUCAGCAGCAGAGCUCACCGUGGCUGCGGCCCCGGUUCACGCAGGCCGAGGUCUGCAGGUGCGUACGAUGCCGGAGCCAUGGUGUCUUCCACUGAAAUGUCAGGGAAAGGCCGGGAGGCCGCUAACGUAGCUCCCCCAGUCUGUGGCCUCCCGUCAGCAGCAGCAGGAAAGCGCUAAGAUACAACCUCGGCACAGGUAACAAGGAGAGGAGAGUUUUUCUUAAAGCAACUGCUCUUGUGGGGCUUCCAAGAGGACAUUUGUGUCUUUCUGUCCGAGCUGCAAAGACCUGAAGGACCCUCUGCCCGCAGCCCUGUGCCUGACUUACCCAGAGGGCUGUUUAAGGAAUCUGCUGGGGCGGGCUCAGCUCUUGCCCCACACCCUCCUCACGUCUGGUACCUGGAACUAAAGCUUUGGAACCUGAGAGGGGAGAGGUGAUGUGUCAACAGGUGCUGCCACCAGAAAGCCCAAUAGGUGUAGUGGAACGGUGAGAAGAACGAAGGGUGAAGCCAGCUGUCUGGAAGUUCUUACUACCUCUCCCCUCCGGCCCCUCCCCUAGCAGAAGUGACCCUGUGACCUUUCAAAGGCUGGUGGUGGGCCAGGGAUUGAGUAGCAGUUAAGCUGCUGGGGGCCUCGCCUGCAGCCCGUAUCCCGUGCUAGGUCCGAGGCCGGUCCCCACGCCCACUUCCAGUCCCUACCAUCACGCGUCCCGGGAGGCAGCAGUGAGAACACAAGUACUUUCCUCUGCCAGCUGCGUGGGAGACCCGGAUCGAGUUCCGUGCUGCUAGCGUCCGGCUGACCCAGACCUGACUGUCGUGGGCAUUUGGGGACAGUCCCAGCAGAUGGGAGUGCUGUGUCUCUGUCUUCCAAAUAAUGUUUUUUGUAAAAGAAAGACGUUGUGAAGCAAUCAAACAUAACAACCUGAGAAAGGAUUCCAGGAGUAGUUUGCCACUCCAGGGUCCAGUCCAAUUGCAGGGUCUGAAUUUGCAGGCCUGGACGCAGUCUGGCGUGUGCCCACAAGGUGGCCGUCUUUCCCUGCCUGUGCUUUAGAAACGGGAUUUCCCAUGUUCCCUGUGACACAUCAGACCCCCGGGGAGGGCAGUGGGGUGCUCUGGGGCACCUGGUGAGGAGAGCAUUUGUGGGAGCUUCCUCCCUGUCUACGUGUGGGCGCCGCCACGCUUACUCCUAAGUGGCACUGGCUCCCGUUUUCAGCACAGCCUGCUUUGGUGAGGGCAGUUGUAUUUGUCCCAGGGCUGGGCAAUUUCUGCAGCCCCAGCUGUCCCCUCGGGGCGUGGAGGUGGGGCUAGGAGUUGGUUUGGGAACUUCGGCUGAGUGCCAAACGUGGAUGAUUGUUAAGCAGGUGUUUACAGGGCCGCCCCGUGGGGUGGGACAGUGCUCCGCUGUGCCCUGCAGGCUUUCUUAGGAACCUGUGCCCCCAGUGUCGGGCAGGGAAGAAGGAAGGCGGAAGAGAGGGACCAAGUCCUUGUGGGGGGGAGUUGCUGUGCCAGGGCCUGGCCACCUCCCAGAGGAGAGAGAACAGCCAGUGAGAGGCCACCAAGUAGACCUCCGAGAGCUGGGUGUGUGUCCUGGGUGGUGCUGCCCAGGAGCAGCUGGGUGGGAGGUGGAGAGGCUUGGGUAGUGGGUGCAUCCGUGCACUGAACCAUAUGUUCCCCAGCACGGGGGUGCUGUGUGCCAGCCGCAGGCAGCUUCGGGAGAGACCCCAGGACCCAGCAGGACAGCUGAGGGAGGAGAGGAGGCCCAGGGUGUGCCCUGUCGCCAGGGCUGGGCAGGUGAGCUGCAGCCAGGAGUGAAGAGUUGCUCUUGGAGCCCCAUCAGGGGGCCAGCCGUGGGCAGCGGAAAGGCGUGGCUUUGCCUGACUGUGCACGCACCCAUGGCAGCCGAUGGCAGCCUCUCUCCAAGACCUGUCCCGUUUUCCUCAGGCGUCCAGCACCUCCCCGUGGCUGUGCCCUGUCAGGUGAUUGCAUUCCAGCAGGUGAGCCAGCAGAAGAGGGCUGGCCCUCGGGUCCGCCCCUGCUCCUCGUCACUUCCUGCUGACUGUCAGGCCCUGAGCCUGGGUUAAGUCACUACCCCCAGCCCAGCCCUUGGCUCUUUUGCUCCGUCUUAUGGGAGCUGCGUGGUUGCCUUGCCCGCCAGAGGCCUGUGCAGCCGGCCACCGUGCUGGAAGGUGACCGGAAGAUGGAGGAGGGCCGGGGCUGCUGCUCUGCCUGCUUUCACGGGGCAGUGGCAGCGCAGCCCUGGAGCAGCUUGGGAGUCCCACCUGCAGUUCCGCUGACCCUUGCGGAACCAGCUUCCUGGUCACCUCUUGAGACCCCCACAAAGGCUGGACAGGCAGCUCCAAGAGCACAGACCCCAGCCAGCAGGGCGCUCCUUAGAGGCCUGAGUGUGAGCUCUGGGCCCCCUCCCAGCUGCUGUGUUUGCACAUUCCUUCCUCUUGUCUUGUUCCCUCUGGGGCCAUGGCUCCUUGCAGCUCCCUCUGUGAUGCCCUGCUGCUCUCUCCUUGCCCCUCCUCCCUCCAGACAUCUGGGGACUGCAGCCCAGGCACCAACGCACCACCACUGGCUCCCUCCCACCCCACCCCCUCCACCACAGAGCAGUGUGCUGAAGGUGCAGGGCCUCCGCCAGCCCCUUCUCUGCUCUUGGGCUGUGACUGGAGCCCUAGAUCAGGCGCCCUGGAAGGCCAUUGCUUGUGCUCCGCAGCCAACACGCUGGCUGGUGGAUGGUGACUGGGCUGCUGGGGUGAAGGGAAAGCCUCCACCCCCCACCCCCUCUGUGUGGGAGCAGGUGCUUGGCAGGGAACAGGGAACCGGGCUUUGUGUGGGCUCCGAGGGACGGGAGACCCAGGAUUGCAGCACAGGAAGAGAGGGCCGGAGCAUGAAGCCCGCAGAGGAGGGCGGUGACGCGUCCAUCAGUGUCCAUCAGUGCUGGAAGUGCCCCGUGAGUGCGCCAUGCCCAGUGCCACCUUUCCAAGUUACAGUGUUUGGCACGUGCCUACAUCUCUCUCCCUCCCGGGGGCACUGGCCGUGUGGGGGUGCCCAGCUCUCCAGCUCAUGGCCUUCACAAUGCACGCUCCAGGAGGGCGUUCUAGGGAUACAUCAGGUAUCCACGUGCCCUUCCCCUGCCCACCUUGUCAUCCCAGAUCCUAAAGCCAACCAGUUCCCCAAGGUCCACUCAAGUCCACUUCCUCUGAGAAGUCUCCUUGCACUGUUUUCCAUGUCAAUUUUGUCUUAUGUUGAUGUCAUUUUUUUUCCAAUAAUUAUUUUAUUUGAAGGGCAGAGUUACAGAGAGAGGAAGAGGGAGGCAGGGGGGGAGGGACAGAGGAGGAGAGAGACAGACAGACAGACAGACACAGAGGGACACUUCCAUCUGCUGGUUCACUCCCCAGAUGGUUCAACAGCCAGGGCUGUGCUGAUCUGAAGCCAGGAGCUUCUUCUGGGUCUCCCACGUGGGUGCAGGGCCCAAGGACUUCAGCCAUCUUCCACUGCUUUCCCAGGCCAUAGUAGAGAGCUGGAUGGGAAGAAGAGCAGCUGGGACUCGAACCUGUGCCCACAUGGGAUGCCGGCACUGCAGGCGGCAGCCUAGCUCUCUGCACUACAGCACCAGUCCCAGGUCGCUGUUGUUCUUGACCCUUCCCUUCUGGCCGGUUCCCCUCCCCACAUGUAAGCAUCACCCCCUUGCCACCACAGCCCUCGCUGUCACUGCCCUGUGAGUGUGCUCCUGGCCACUGCAGGGAGCACGGCCCUGCAGUCCAGCCCCGCUGUGCCCUGCUUGGCGCUGCCCUUGCCAUCGGCCAUAAACACCUGAGAUUCAGGCAGGUGAGGGCAGGCCUGAGGUGCUAAUGCAAGGUCUCGCCUGUGCCAGAAACAAAGUCCAAGCCCCCUGCCGUGGAGGGUGAGGCUCCCCUGGGUGCCCUCGCGCCAGCCAGUCUGCGCACACUCUCCCCCUCUCCAUGCCCUCUGCGGUGGUUCCUCCUGUCACUCAGCCCUCAGCCGCGUGCGAAGCGCUCAGACCCUCCAGCUCGCACCCCAAGGCGUCUUGCACACACACAUGGUGUGUGGAUCACACUCUAAGACUGACAGAGCACACAUGAGUGAUUUCACUGUUGUUUUGUUCAGAGCCUGCCUUUCCGUCAGACCUGUCCAGCGCCUGAGCGCUCGGGUGCGGGGAUCUGCUGUCAUAACCUCUGCCAUAGCUCACAGCCCGAGGCCACGCCCAGCACGUGGCCUAGCACGUGGCAUUCUGCUCGGCGAACUCGCUGCUUCCAGCAGCUUGUUGCUUUACCGACGAGUAACUCGGACAUGGAGGGACUAAGUGGCUCACCUUGUGUGCCGCAGGGAGAGAGUGGCAGGGCUAGGAGUUUGAGCCCAGUGCCGUCCUCCCCCCACCUGGUGCCUGUGCCCUCUCUCAUGGUCCAGUGUGGGGGACUGGACUUGCAGAAAUUUCCCUAUCUAAUGUCACGGGUGCAGCCCCAUGGAAACCAUGGCCUAAUAUCUCCCACCCCCUUUGGGCCACUCUUUCCCGUGGGCCUGUGUGGGCAGUCCCUGUUGUCUGCAGAACCUGGUUGAAAUGCCACUCUCCAGCCUCCCCCUCACCUCCACCCUACCGUGUUCCUGUCUCCUGUCCACACACAUCGCCAGGAUCCCGGUUUCUCCAGUGGGGCCUGUUAGCAUUUCCAUGCUGCUUCCCAGAGCAGCUGCGUUGCAGUGACCCUUUGCAGUCACCUCUCCUUAUUUAUCCCCGCAGUGUUCAUUUAUCCUGCAGCAAAUGUUUGCUGGUGCUGCUGUGGAACCCCAGUGAGAAGGAGAUGGGCAACACGGGCCCCCACGGAGUUCAAGGUCCAGGACCUGCCCGAGGCUGCUGGCCCUUCUCCCCAGUGUCCUGUGUAGCCCUUUAAUCGGCCGGACCCUCACUACCAGGCUGGCCUCUUCCACCUUGAAGAACCUGUGCGACAGGCCCAGCUUGCCACUAGCUCCUCCCCACGCCAGCACCAAUUAUGUCAUUUGUAGGACCGAGUGCAAAAUACAAGUGCAAAGCGAAUCCCCCUGCUCAAAAUGCAAGAACAAUAAGAAGGCAGCGGCAACAGCAAAGCAUUCAAGCAGGUGCAGGGCCCUUGGGUGGGCAGAGACUGGAGGCACAGAGCAUGUGCGGGAGUGGCCCUGCAGCCACCCUCUCUGACGAGGCCUGCUGGCCCUCAACACCCAGGGGCUGUGUUCAGCUCCUGAGCCGGGAUCAUGGGGCACACUCAGGAGCACUUUGAAGUGUGCCAGAAUGAACACAUUUCCCCUGUAAUGCCAGCUCUCGAAGCCUUGCUGUUGGGCUAGCGUGCAGGCCUGGGUGCCAUCUCCCCUUCACCUGGCGCUUGCUCUAGAGGUCGCCACUCUGCUCCCUGUCUGUCCUGAUUCUGGCCACACAGGACCGUGUUGCACAUUGCCUCUCUCUCGUGGAGCCUCAGGCUGACCGCAGGCCGCCUCUGCGAAGUGAGCACCCCCUCAGGCCCUCUUCACCGUCACCAGGAGGGAGCGGUCUGCACGAGGUUAACCAGGACAUCUCCUGAACUACAUCCGUGGGCAACAGAUGUCACCGCCAUCUUUGCACGGUUACUGAAUGUAAGGACAGGUGAAUCCUUCACGCGGCUGACACACAAUUACCUCCUGGUAGCUUCGGCCCCAGACACCUAAAGAAAUAUCCUCCUGCGUUUGCGAGCUUGGCAUGGGUGUGCUGCUCUAGGACCUGAGCGGAGUGGCCCCCUGAACGUGGUCCCUGACGGCCUCUUGGCGUCAGCAUUCACAACACACAGCUUCUCCUCGACGUCAGGGUGUCCCAGCUCUGGCGUGGCUUCCAUCUGGAGGGGCAGCCCGUUUGGGUGGGGCAGGGGCUGCCCUGUGCAUUGUGGGGGCGAGGAGGGGGUCAACACUAUCCCUGCCCUCUGCCCACUGGACACAGAGCAGCGCACCCUGAGCAUGACGCCUUGGGACCUCGCCAGAUGUGCCCUGGGUGGGGGCGGGGGUGACACAAAACCACCCCUUUGAGAGCCACAGCCCUGCCCCGUGGCGGUUGCUGUCUUGUGGCUGGAAAGGGGACUGUGGAGUCAAGGGGAGUUUUGGUUUUUGAAGGCAGAGGUUGCACAUAGCAGCACCAAGUCUUCGUCCCACACAACCAACAGCAGCACCUGGACUCUGUCCUGCCUGGCCUGAGCCCUCUCCCUGGGUGCCCCCCACCACCACCACCGACAGGCUGCUCCUGUCUCCUGGGUUGGACCCUUCCAGAAUCCCGUGCCCUGGGGCUUUGUGCUGCGAUCCCCAUGUCUCUCUCCCUGAAAUAUUUACUGCCCAGAGUGUGGUGGGCAGGAGGGCACUUGUGGAGUGACUGAGUUCAGGGAGUGGAUGCAGGCCAGAUCACAGGACAGCUUGGAAGGAAGGCUACAAUGCUGUAGACGUCGGAAGAGUGUUAGAAGGUGGAAUGGUGCUGUCAGAUUUUCAUGCAAAUGUUUCCAGGUGAAAAGGACUAGAAGAGCAGGGCUGCCGGUGCUGUGGCACAGCAGGUUAAAGCCCUCGCCUGAAGCGCUGGCAUCCCAUAUGGGCGCCAGUUCUAGUCCCAGCUGCUCCUCUUCCCAUCCAGCUCUCUGCUAUGGCCUGGGAUAGCAGU